AUGGAUGCCGGUUGGGAUGAUUUUGAGAAAUCAGUCACAGAAGGGAUAUGGCCGUCCCACUCCACCGCUGCCCCUUCGCCAACACUGAGUGAACGCCGCCAACCACCGUCUUCCAUUCCCGCUCACAGUCCAGUGGUUCCCACGCUAUAUCUAGCCUUCCAUGGCUCCAUCCAGCUCAUCGCCGCCAAGCCAGUCGAAGACCAGCCCUUCGCUGCCCAGCCGUCGCACCUUCCUCAACACCUAACACAGCCUUGUAGAACUGCAGGGCGUCGUUCACCUUUGGAAUCUCCACCAACACCCAACUGUCCAGAGGCCACCGUUACUACUGGAUCCAGCAUCCCAGCCCCGUUUCCUGUUGGCCCCAUCCAAUCACCGCCACCAUCCAAGCCUGUGAAGCCCCUGCUCCCUUCAGCCGCACAACAACCUGCCGGCGCCGCCUGCCACCAUUCCAGCCGUGCCAUUGAUCUUCCAACCUCCAUUCAGUCGAUCUUUGCUUAG